GAUAAUCGGCUUGACAUUGAGUUGACAUUUCGGUGUAUAAUUUUAGCAUUUCAAACGGUUUAGUUCUUAAUUUUUGCUAAAUCAACCAUCUACAAGUCAUUUUACUUGGCCUACAGCAACAGCGUCCAGUGUCCAAUAGCGUGCACAAACUUGUAAUGCAACAUUGAUCAUUGACAACGAUUACGGCCGCUUUUAACUGCAGCCAGCUGCUUUUGUUGCUGUGUGGGUGGUUUGGCUGUGGGCCUUGGGGCAGGUGCCCAAAAAGAAAUUGACAACAAUUACAUACGCUUAGUAACAUCAGGCCGCUCAGACUACAACUGGCACUCUUCGAUAUAAUUAUCAGAACGCGCAAACAAGAAGCAGAAGCAUCAGUAGAAGGAGAAGAAGGCGAAAAUAAGCAACUAAGAUGCGGUCGCGUAGCAACUCGGGCGUCCGCUUGGACUACUAUCAACGAAUCGUACAUCGCUUGAUUUUGGCACAUCAGGAACCAGUGACCGGCCUGUUUCCCGCCUCGAGCGUCAAUUCGCAUGCGUGGAUACGGGACAAUGUGUAUUGCAUUCUGGCUGUGUGGGGCUUGUCGAUGGCCUACAAGAAAAUUGCCGAUCAGGAUGAGGAUCGUGCCAAAUGCUAUGAGCUGGAGCAAAGCUGUGUAAAACUGAUGCGCGGCCUACUCAUGGCCAUGAUGAACCAAAAGGAUAAGGUCGAGAAAUUUAAAAUGACCCAGAGCCCCGUCGAUUCACUGCAUGCGAAAUACUCCAGCAAGAAUGGUCUACCCGUUGUCGGUGACAAUGAAUGGGGCCAUUUGCAAAUCGAUGCGGUUUCCUUAUACCUGCUCAUACUUGCACAGAUGACCGCCUCCGGUUUACAGAUUGUUUUUUCACUGGACGAAGUAUCGUUUAUACAAAAUCUGGUAUUUUACAUUGAGUCCGCCUACUCUAUACCCGAUUAUGGCAUCUGGGAGCGCGGUGAUAAGACCAAUCAUGGUGAACCCGAGUUGAAUGCCAGCUCCAUUGGCAUGGCUAAGGCCGCACUUGAGGCCAUGAAUGAGCUGGAUUUGUUUGGCGCACGCGGUGGACCCGCUAGUGUUAUUCACGUACUGGCUGAUGAGGCGCACAAGUGCCAGGCGGUGCUGCAGUCAAUGCUGCCACGCGAGUCCAACAGCAAGGAGCUGGACUCGGGUCUACUGUGUGUUAUAGGUUUUCCAGCGUUUGCUGUCGAUGAUGCGCAGCUAAUUCACAAUACGAGGGAUGCGAUUCUUUCGCGCCUGCAGGGCAAAUAUGGCUGCAAGCGUUUUCUGCGCGAUGGCUACCGUACACCCAAGGAGGAUCCGUCGCGUCUCUAUUAUGAGCGCUGGGAAUUGCGCAUGUUCGAGAACAUUGAGUGCGAGUGGCCGCUCUUCUAUUGCUAUCUAAUACUGUUCCAUGCUUUUCAAAAUGAUAAGCACUUGGUGCAGGAGUAUGCUGAUAGGCUAGAGAAGAUAAUGGUGCGCUCCGAGGAUGGCAUACUACUUGUGCCCGAAAGCUAUGCAGUGCCGCAGGAUCUAGUCGGCUUUGAAUAUCAAAAGCCCGGCUCGCAGGCACGCGAAGUUGUUGGACGCUGCCCAUUCCUGUGGGGCCAGUCACUCUUCAUUUUGGGACGCCUACUACAGGAGGGCUUUUUGGCUGUGGGUGAGCUGGAUCCGUUGAAUCGACGUCUUGGCGCCCAGAAGAAGCCCGAUGUUGUCGUCCAGGUGGUCAUCAUAGCCGAGGACAAUGAGAUCCGCGACAAGCUGGCCGAGCACGAUCUGCACGUGCAAACCAUUGCUGAGGUCGCGCCCAUUGAGGUGCAGCCGGCCCGUGUCCUCAGUCAUUUGUAUACGUAUUUGGGACGCAAUCGCAAGCUUGGUCUAAGUGGACGCAAAUCACGUGACGUUGGUAUCCUUAGCACCAGUAAACUGUACUCUCUCAAGGAUCGUAUAUUUGCCUUUACCCCUCAGUUUGUCGACUUGUCGCGCUUCUAUAUCGCCUCCGAUAACGAACUCAUGAUUGACAUCCUUAAGGGCGAGAUCAAUUUUCUCAAGUCCGCUUGGGAUCUGCUUGGGCGUCCCUUAGUGACACUGGUGCUGAAGCGCAUCCAUUUAGACCAGGACAAGAUUCCGCUGGCCAUGAUUCAGACGAUGAGAAAGCUGAAGUCUGGCUAUAUAAAUGGCACCCGUGUUAUGCUGGGCAGUUUGAAGGACUUUCUCAACACCUCGGCCAUUACGGAUUUGAGCUUUUUGGGUAGCACCGAGGAUGGCUAUCCGGAUCGCUUGCAUCCAGAUGUGCAGACCUAUUUGGAUGAACAUCUAUUGCGCUCGUUUAGCAAUCGCAACACAAUGAAUCUGCGCGGCGGUCAACUGCGUCCACGACACUUGCGCCGCCGCAUGUCCUGCAAGGGGGCCAUAAAAAAAACGCGCUCCAUCAAUGUGGACUCUGAUAAUCUGGGCAUGGAGGGCCCAUCGCCGUUAACCGAGCGCCGUCUCUCGUCGAUAGUGCCGCCACCCUGGCUGCUGGCAAAUAAGCAGGGGCACGUCAGCGUCUUUGCCACAACGCCCGAGGAGGGUCCCACCUCGCCGCCGCAGCUGGGCGGCGAUCUUGGACUGCGUGAGAAUAUCUAUCCCAUGGAUCCGCAGCACAGCCGAUCGGCUAUCGAUCGCCGCAGCGAGUUCGUGCGCCAGCAAGAGAUAACCGUUCCCAAAAUUCUCAUUCAACGCCAUCGUGCGGAAACUAAUUUUGCGGACACAGAGGUUGAGGAGCUGAUUGCCAUGCUCCGCGAAACGGAGAAUCUCGAAGAGCAGGGCGACAUCUUGCAGUACUUGGUGGAUACUCAAGGCCUGGAUUUCAAUACCGCUGGUCUGGGCUUAAAGCACAAAACCGAUGAUAAUGCCGCUGACUCCGAGCAAUCGUUCGUGGAUGAUGUAAUGCUUGAAUUUUCAACUGCUGAUGGUGGUGGUGGUGGUGAUGGUGAUGGUGAUGGUAAUGGACCCAAGCCAAGGUCUGUGCCUACAGUGAUUAUCGAUGCCACUACACCUACAGCAAGCAGUGUUGCCAAGGAUGAGGAUCAAGCCAAUACGGCUAUCGUUUUAGUCGCAACCGCCCCCGGCUACAAUAACAGCAACAACAACAGCUUGAAUAACAACGAUUCUUCUCAAUCUGAAGGCAUGCUGGAGGAGGGACGCGUAGUCACGGUUAGGGAUCUACUGAAGGGCCUAUACGAGAAGGCAUGCCAGCAGAAGCUCUGGGGCUUGGUGCGUCACACCGCUGGCAUGCUGGGCAAGCGUGUCGAGGAUCUGGGCAAGGCGGUCACCGAUCUGUUGGUGCGCCAAAAACAGGUCACCGUUGGCAUGCCGCCAAACAAUGAGCACACGAUUACGGCACCGCUACCAGAAGUUGAGCUGCGUCAACUAAUACACGAUGCCUAUGGUGAUGACGAGAGCACAGCUAUGUUGACACAGGAGCUCAUGGUCUAUUUGGCCAUGUUCAUACGCACCGAGCCGCAAUUGUUUCACGAAAUGUUGCGCUUGCGCGUCGGCCUCAUCAUUCAGGUGAUGGCUAAGGAGCUAUCACGCACGCUUAACUGUAACGGUGAGGCCGCCUCGGAACAUCUACUUAAUCUAUCACCCUUCGAGAUGAAAAACUUACUCUAUCACAUACUCAGUGGCAAGGAGUUUGCCGUCAGCAGCGUGGCGCGCGGCAAUCUGUCCAUUGUGAGCUGCAAGUCGAGUCGCGUCAGUAAGAAAAGCCAAAUUGGACUUGGCGACCCGGAGGGUGAGGAUGCGUUAAUUUCCACAAUUGAUGAUCGUCAGGGUCAGUGGCUGCGACGACGUCGACUUGAUGGCGCCUUGAAUCGUGUGCCACGCGAUUUCUAUUCACGCGUCUGGACCGUACUGGAGAAGUGCCAAGGAUUGGCCAUUGAGGGCCGUAUACUACAGCAGAGCCUUACCCAGGAGAUGACGCCGGGCGAGUUGAAAUUCGCAUUGGAGGUAGAAACGGCACUAAAUCAAAUACCACAGCCAGAGUACAGGCAGCUGGUGGUUGAGGCGCUUAUGGUGCUUACACUGGUCACCGAGCACAACAUGGUUCCCACAUUGGGUGGCAUUAUUUGUGUGGAACACUUGGUGCACAAGGCCAAUCAAUUGUUCUUAGAGGAUCAACGCAAGGUGCAGGGCGAUGCAACGCUGUGCUGUGCCAAGCUCAAGGAUGGCAAGGAACAGCAGCAGGCUGCAUCGGGUAUGCUGCUCUGCGGUGGCGCUGCUUACAUAUGCCAACAUCUCUAUGACAGCGCGCCCAGUGGCAGCUAUGGCACCAUGACGUAUAUGUCACGUGCUGUCGCCCUCGUCCUGGACUGUGUGCCCAAGCAAGGUGAGAAGGAAUGCGCUAUCUCCUAAAGUUUGGGCGCAAACGCUAGAUCCGACCUGGAAGCAAGCACGGCGUCUGCAGGACGACUCUCACUUAAUGCCAUGUACUGUCAAACCUACCAUCUAUUAUAUUUUGUCUAUCCCGCUCUCUCUGUCUCUCCCGUUGUCUGUAUGUCUCUCUUGUUCGCUCCCUUGCGUGCAUGCGUCAGGCCGCGUAUUUAUCUCAACGAUAAGUAAAGUCUAAGGUCCGCCCUGCCCUGGCAAUGCUGUACAUAUACUUAUGUAGGCAUCCGCCUACCUAGCCAUUUGUUAAUGUGUUUCGUUUAGAAUGUGACGUAGUCAGCAAAAAACUAUAGUUACGGACAUACAUAAAUGCAUAUAUAUAAAAUAUAUCUAUUAUCCUAAUAUGUUAAUCGCAAUGUGCCACAAAUUAAAUUGUAUACAAGCAACUGGCAAAUGCAGCUUGAAUCAAUAUCUCAUGCAGAAUUUUCAAUAAGAUUUUAAAAGGUUUUAACUCCAACUAAGCAACAACUUAUUAUUGUGAAAAGAAAUUUGUAGGAAUAAAGAGUGUUUAUGCAAUGUUA